GAACUUUGCAACACCACUCCGGCGUUCCAAAUCGCUUCUUUCAUCCGCGUCAGUCUCAUCUCAAGCUUCAAGUGUUUCGCCUUUAACUUUUGGCACGGGACAACGCUCAGAUUAGAAACAUGAAGAUCGCCGUGGUACUGGCAGUUUUCGCUAUGUUCGUGCAGGGAGGCCAGAGUCUAGGCUGCAAGCCAUGUUCGGAGGUGAAGUGCGUGUCCGUUCUGGAAUCGGAUUGCUACAAGGGUGCCGAGCUCGUCACAGAUCACUGUGGGUGCUGCGAUGUCUGCUCUAAGGGUUAUGAUGAACCGUGCGGAGGUCUGGAGAUGAUGGGCGAAUGUUCGCAGCACCUCGGUCUCUACUGCCAGUUACCUCGGUGUAAAAAUCCCAACGACAUCGUCUGCAAAUCCCAACCUGGUAUCUGCAAGUUGUAAUAAAUAUGAACAAAAUGUAUCUGGCCGAGCAUAAUGACGAUUUUGAUAUUAAUUACUAUUCUAAUAAACCAUAAUACGGCCUUCGGUGCCGGUAUAUAGUAUCAAAUAGUACAUACACAAAUUGGGUUUACGAAAACUCGGCUUCAUCUCUG